UUGUGCGGGCUUUGCCACCAUGCAGGUAAGUCUUGUACCUACCAAGGGAACCAACAGCGCAGUGCCUUGUAACCCUCAGAGUUCGAGGCUUGCAGCGAUUAAUGGUGCGGAACCUAGGCUCUCGGCCGAACAUAAAUUCAUGCGAACUCGUCCACCAAGCGCUUAUUGCGUGCGUAUCGAAUCAUGCAGCGAACUAAUGACGAGAUCUCCAAACUUGCAGUAUGAGACCCGUCCAUUCUCUGUGGGAGGAUUCAACUGGACUUUUAUUCUCCAACCGUUUGGAAACAAGACUAGCGUAGGGGAUUGGAUCUCUGCAUAUGUUGCAAUAGAUCCUUCUGGGCUGGUUGGCGAGAACCGUGAGGUUUAUGCAGAUCUCAGGUUUUUGGUCUAUAGCAAGAGUAAAGAUCAAUACUGGACAUCCAUGGACACAGAGAUAAGACAUUUCCAUCAAUUCAGGACAACUUGGGGAAGUCCAAAUUUUAUUCAAACAAAACAAUUUAAAGCUAAAGAUAAAGAGUACAUUUUCGACGAUGACCAAUGUGUGUUUGGAGUAGACAUCUCGGUGUAUCCUUAUUUUAACCAAUGGGAGAUCUUGUCGAUCGAUAAGACGGUUUAUGGGCCUAACUCAUGGAAGCUUAUGAAAUUCUCGACAUUGACCAGAGACUUUUACAUAUCUGAUGACUUCUCUGUUGGAGGAAAAAAUUGGGCAUUUAAGGUGUAUCCAAACGGUAAUGGUGCAGGAGAAGGAAACUCGUUGUCUCUUUAUGUAAUUCUAAGUGAAAACCAAAUCUUGAAAACUUACGAAAAGGUUUAUGUCCGAGCCAAGCUGCGAGUUCUCGACCAAAAACAAUCAAAACAUCUCCAAAAACCAAUUCUAUCAUGGUUUGAUACACCAGGAGAAGGUUCUGGCUUCGAACAGUUCGUGUCUUUCACUGAUCUCCAAAAUCCAGCCAAGGGAUUUAUCGUUGAUGAUAGUCUGACGGUACAAGUUCAGUUCGAGGCUACCUCAUCUACCAAUUAUUAUUCUGCCAAUGCUGCUCAACUUAUGAGUAAUUUGUAAAUAUGCACCUUAUUAAAUCAAUAAAUAAGAGGCGUCGCAUAUAUGCAAGCCGAAUUAUAAGUAGUAAAUAUUUGACACGCUUUCAAAACGUUUAAACGUGAAUAUCGCACAAGGAAACUGUAACACCCGUCUCCUCCUCUCUCGAAAACGGGUACCAUAAAAAUAUUGAAUUAAACGGUUUACUAAAAACGAAUAAAAUAUCAAAACUCUAA